AUGUGGAGACGAACAUAUCUCUUCCUGGUCGUACUGCGCCUCUACCUGGCUCUGUCCCCCAGCUACAUUCACCCAGAUGAGCACUUCCAAGGACCAGAGGUUAUCGCGGGUCGCGUUUUUGGGUAUGCCUCACAUUUGACCUGGGAGUUCACCUCCGACAGCCCAAUCCGCAGUGUCUUUCCUCUCCGGAUCUUCUAUGGCUUGCCCUUGACUUUGCUAAAAUGGAUUUGCGACGGGAUUGGAUAUCAUACCAUCUCACCCGCCACCGUAUACUACACUCUACGGGCCUUGAUGUUUGUACUGAGUUUUGUGCUUGAAGACUGGGCGCUUGACGAACUCAUCCAUAUUCCCAAGGAGCGUCGUGCUGCCCAGAUGCUGGUUGCCUCUUCUUAUGUUACGUGGACUUUCCAGAACCAUACCUUCUCAAACUCGGUUGAGACUUUGAUAGUGCUGUGGUGCUUGGUCUUGAUCAACCGUAUCAAGGAGGACAAAUCGCACACCCGUGUUCUACCUUCCGCUCUACUCGCAUUCUUAUGUGUGUUGGGCACCUUUAAUCGCAUCACGUUCCCGCCCUUUGUCUUGAUACCCCUUUUGCAGUUGAUUCCGCAUUUCCGUCAUAGACCCGCAUCGCUUCUGGUGAUGAUACUGACGGCAGCCGCAACACUACUUUUCGCGGUUGUCACAGACACCGAGUGGUUUCUCCAGAAGCCGGUACACUUGUCACAGUUGCGCGAGACCGCCAUCAUUACACCUCUCAACAACCUCCUUUACAACAUGGACAGCAGCAAUCUUGCCCAGCACGGUCUUCACCCAUACUAUCAGCAUGUGGUUGCCAACCUACCUCAGCUGCUUGGACCUGCACUGCCUUUAGUGUUCUUCUCGUGUCGAAUGGGAAUGCCGAUGUACUCUGCAGGUUUCGGCAUCUUCGCUCUUUCAUGUCUCAAACAUCAAGAAGCAAGAUUUUUAUUGCCUGCAGUACCUUUGAUUCUGUCGAGCAUCAGAGUGCCGCGACGCAUGAGAAACGUCUGGGUCACUGUUUGGAUCAUCUUCAACGUUUGCCUAGGUCUCUUGAUGGGCGUUUUCCAUCAAGGUGGCGUCGUGCCAGCGCAGCUCUGGGUCGGCAAGCAAGAAGGAAUUCAGCAGGCUCUUUGGUGGAAGACGUACAGCCCACCGACCUAUCUUCUUGGCGACAAUCAUCAAGGUUUGACUACCAGAGAUUUGAUGGGCAUGCGUGGCGAUAAGCUUCUGGAAGAGCUGAAGGCCAAGCUGGACUGUGAUGCCAAAUCAACGACACUCUUGCUUGCACCGCUUAGUGCGACGUUCCUCGAUGCAUACAUUACCGACAACAACACGACCCCAGGCAUCUCUGAUAUUGCGCUCGAGGAGGUUUGGCGUUACAGAAACCACCUGAACCUUGAUGACAUGGACUUUGGCGAUGAUGGCGUUUGGCCGACCCUGGAGAGAAUGAUUGGGAGAAGAGGAAUUGGUGCAUGGAAGGUGACGAAGAAAUGUUGA